AUGAGAAAUUCUUCAGAAACACCGUCUCCAUCCUCGUUAAAAACCACAUCGAAAAAGCCCCAACUUCGAAGCUCAAAAGCUCUAUUCAAAGAUCCCAUUGAUGAACUAAGUACGAAAACUCCAGAGAAGCUGCCACCGCGCACUCGCAACCGUGGCAUUGCGCUGUCUUUAUCGGAUAUUAGGAAGGUUACCAAGGGUCUUCAUGAUCAGGAACAACCCCGUGAGUCGAUGCUGUCUAAGGGAAAAACUGCUAGAAGGCAAAUCCCAUUGGCUUCCCCGCGUAAGAGCAGUAAAUCAGCUGAUGAAUUACUCAAGCUUCCUGAAAAAUAUGCAAAUUUGGGUGAGUUUUUUGAUAGCUUGGAUAGUUCGAUUCGAUUGUUGCGAAUGAAAGGAUCUACAACUUCGUUCACUAAUAUCAGGCCAAAGAUUGAAACUUUAACUGAUAGGAGGUUUACACAUGGUCAUUUGGCUCAGUUGAAGUUUAUCUUACCAGAGGUAAUUGCUAUCAAGAAGGUAUUAGUGUUUGAUGAAAGAAUGAGUUGCAUGAAGCCAGAUCUUCAUGUUUCAAUAAGCCCUGAUGCAGUAGAGGUUGAUGCCAAGUUGUCAUCUGAAUCUGGGACUAUGUCUCUAAGGAAGUUAUUUCGUGCAAGGCUCAGAGAUUUUUGCGAAUCUCAUCCCAUGGUUGAUGAAAUUCCAGAGGAAAUACUGCCGGAGCCAUUCAGUCGCCCAAAACAAGAGCCCCUUUUUCCCAUGUUUAAAGCUCCCUUAAAAUUCUCUGCAGCGAAAUUAUCAAAUAGUGAUAAUGCAAUUGAUACAGAUCCUGAUGUCUCAGUCCCCAAUGAGACAUCAUUUGAAGCUAUUAACCAGCAGCCAGCUCCUGCCUCUCAUAUGUCUCAAUCUUUUAGAAGAAAGUUUUCUCAGAGAGUGAAGGAAAAUGUCCACCCAAAAUUUCCGUCAGAUUCCUUUCAACCUUCAGCUGUCCCAUUUUCAGAUUCAAGCUUGAAGAUAAAUUCCACAUCUGAGGUCUCUUUGUCUCAUCAGAAAACAUCCCAAUCUGAGCUGGUUUCAGAAGCACCCAGCAGUGAAGCAUGUCCUACAAUUAACUGUUCUUCAAUAUGCUCCACACCAUCUAGUGUUAUCCCAGCUACACCUUGUAAGGCCAUUGAGUGUACAGACGGCAAAGGUGGAUCUGUCAAAAGCAUUGAAGCUAUGUCAACCCCAUUGGGAUAUGUGUCAACUCCAUCCAGGCUGAUGUCAGCCACACCUGCCUUGAAGCCACCUAAAAGGCAUUUAAUGACCCCUGAAGGCAACUCUGCAAUCUCACCAGACAAGUUGGUUAAGCGCCCACCUUCAUCAAGGUCAUUAAAAUUUGACACUCCAAUGAAAAAGGAAAAUGAUGCUAGCAGUCUAUCAAGAUCAUUGAAAUUUGACACUCCAAUGAAAAAUGAAAAUGAUGCUAGCAGUUUAUCAAGAUCUUUGAAAUUUGACACUCCAGUGAAAAAUGAAAAUGAUGCUAGUAGUUUGUCAACUGAUAAUGACAUUUUCGAUAUCCUACCUGAUACUCUUCUCCAUUCGAUUAGGGAAAAAGAAAGAAUGGCAAUAGAGGAAAGGGAUCCAGCUAUUUCACAAGCUAAGAGACGCAAGAAAAUAAUUGCCAGUCUUCCCAAGCUCUUCAACAUGAUUCACAUGAUGUUUCAUUCGCGAAACCGAUCUGUUAUCACAAAAGAGGAGCUGAUAAACACAUUAAUCUCAAGCCACUGUGAUAUUGUUGAUAGAAGAGAAGUUGAAGAACAGUUCCAUCUGUUGUUGGAAUUAGUUCCUGAAUGGAUUUCUGAGAAAUUGGCUUCCAGUGGAGAUAAGCUGCUAGUCUCUGUAAAUAAAAUGUUGAGCCCUGAAUCCAUAAGAGCAUCACUUGAAGAAGCAAAAUGA